AGCAUCAUGCAGCCUACCAUUCCCACAUUCCCACUCACACCACCAAGAUGCUUCUCCACAUUGUUUUCCUCCUUUCCCUUCUCUUAUCCACAUCCAAUGCCUCAGUCCAAGACUUCUGUGUGGCAGACCUAAAGGGUGCAGAUGGCCCUGCAGGCUUUCCAUGCAAGGCACCAGCAACAGUAACUUCAGAUGACUUUGUGUAUCCUGGCUUGGCUGAAGCUGCAAAUGUCACAAACAUAAUCAAUGCUGCUGUGACACCAGCAUUUGUUGGCCAAUUCCCUGGUGUCAAUGGCCUUGGUCUCUCAGCAGCAAGGUUAGACCUUGGUCCUGGUGGAGUUAUCCCACUUCACACUCACCCUGGUGCCAAUGAACUACUAGUGGUGAUUCAUGGCCACAUCACUGCUGGAUUCAUAUCAUCAGCUAACAUAGUUUAUGAGAAGACACUGAAAAAGGGAGAGCUCAUGGUUUUCCCACAAGGGUUGUUGCACUUUCAAGUUGCAGCUGGCAAGAAGAGUGCCCUUGCUUUUGCUAUCUUCAGUAGUGCAAACCCUGGCCUCCAAAUCCUUGACUUUGCACUGUUUGCCAGCAACUUCUCCACUCCUUUGGUGACAAAGACUACUUUCCUUGACCCUGCCCUAGUGAAGAAGCUUAAAGCUGUUCUUGGGGGUAGUGGGUAGCUUCUUAACCUUGUGCUUAUGAAUUAAUUGUUUAUUGUUUUGCUUAAUCCAUUCCUUGUGUUGUUUCAAUUAAUUCGCUAGACUUGUUCAGGUUUCUUGCUCAUUGAAUUGUUCGUGUCAAUGUGAAGAAAUAAAUUCGCGUGCCUGAUUUUUUUUUUUUCCCAGAAAGACUAAAUGUUUAAGAUUUGAGAAUAGCUAUGUUUUUAUUCUUUUGUUUCCCAAUGUUUAUGAAGAAUCUUAUCCAGAAGAUGCUAGAGGUCCUUUAUUGACAGGCAUGUUUUAAUUGCA